AGGUAAUAAACAUUGGAGAAAGAGAAGUACACAGAGCAACACACUGAUACUUUUAGUUUCCGUUUCCCUUCCGCCCGUAUACGAUACAAGAGCUACCACCGGCGGUUUCCUCCGUCAACAUCUUCGCAGAUUUUCCCCGGCGUCCACUAUUGGCCACCGGAUACGACGGUGCGUAUGGCUCAGCCGCCGUUCGAUCCGUACUACCUGUACCAACAAGAUGAUCGGAGCAACAUCAACACGCUCUUCGUGUCGGGGCUCCCGGACGACGUGAAGGCGCGUGAGAUUCACAACCUCUUCCGCCGCCGCCCCGGCUUCGACUCUUGCCAGCUCAAGUACACCGGCCGCGCCAACCAGGUCGUGGCGUUUGCUACGUUUUUCAACCACCAAUCGGCAAUGGCAGCGCUGCACGCCUUGAAUGGUGUGAAAUUUGAUCCUCAAACUGGAUCUGUUUUACAUAUUGAACUUGCCAGGUCAAACUCUAGGAGAAAGCGAAAACCAGGCGGUGGAGCCUACGUGGUUAUAGAUAAAAGGACCAAAGGGGAGCGUGAUGUUCAGGGAUCAUCAAGUGAUGAUGGUGACAGUGACCCUGACGAACCAUCAGAGAGUGACGGCAACCAUGGUGAUUUAUCAACCAUACCAAGUGAUGAUGGAGCUGUUGGUUCUGGCCAUGCUAUACCCGUGGAGCAACAUGAAAAGGGCAGUGCCGGAGGACUGUGUUCCACUCUCUUUAUCGCAAAUCUUGGCCCAAACUGCACUGAAGAUGAAUUAAAGCAAGCCUUUUCUUCAUAUGCUGGAUUCAACAUGGUCAAAAUGCGCUCUAGAGGAGGAAUGCCAGUUGCAUUUGCUGAUUUUGAGGAACUUGAUCAAGCUGCUAAGGUCGUGGAGGAGCUUCAGGGAAGCUUGCUUCCAUCAUCAGAUCGGGGUGGCAUGCACAUAGAAUACGCAAGGUCUAAAAUGAGGAAGCAUUAGGAAAAAAAGUUGGAGGUAAAACAGCUACCGGAUAAUUUGGCUUUUUAGAUCUAAAGUAGUUGCAACAUGUUAAGGGAACAUUAAGAAUGGACAUUCCUUUAGUUAUGCCUCCAAUCAUGUCAUGGGUUAGAAUUAAAGUUUUGCCAGUUGGUAUAGAAGCUUGUAAUACAUGUUAAUCACUAUGUAUAUUGUUUCAAUUUCAAAUUCGUUGAGAUAGUAUCACUGCGAUCAAUCAUCA